CGGUGUGCAGGUAAGAAACACCAAAGAUAACAUUUCCUUACAAAACGUGAGGUUGUAUUUACAACAAAAUGAAAACCAGACGUCGUUUAGGUCGUAUUAGACAGGACGAAGAUGGCGAGGCUUUUGAAACUGAACUGUUCUCAGAUUUAAAUAAAGAUGAAAAUCCAGAAAAAACUCCAAAACCAAAUCAUGAUGAUGAUUCUGAUGAAGGGAACGAUGCAGGUCAAGGUGAGCUCAAUAGCGAUGAUGAAGCCCCGGAUGAUGUUGGUUUCCAUGACAGCAAGAUGUCCGUCCUGGCGGAGCUGCGAUCUGCCAUGAGGCAGGUGGAUAAGGGGAAGUCUGUGAAGAAAGAACAGCGGAGGAAACUGGACGCACAGUUCAAGGCACAAAAGGCAAAAAAACUGGAAGAACUUUCAAGUAAGAAAUUGCCAGAUGAUUUCUUGGCAACUUUGGAUGAGGCAGUCAUAUCAAAACCCAAAGUAAAAAAAGGAGAAAAAAGGAAAAAGAAUAAACAGCAAGAAGAAGACAGUAAGGAACCAGAUGUUGCUGAACCAAGUCCAGUGAAGAACUCUAGAGUCACUUUCACAGAGGACUUCAUCUCUCUGACUGACCGCGUCAGUGGUGUAGAAGUGGCAGAACUCAAGAAGUCUGAAACAGACAGUCGCACACUGAGUCAGGCUGCUGCAGCAUUCCGUCAGAGCAGACUGUAUGGGUCUCACAUACCCAGAGAGUCAAAUAAGGAUAGACUUGGGAAGGCAGAGAAGAGAAAGUUCAAUAGAAAAUGAAGAUAUUGCAGAGCUACCAAACUUGGGCCUUGUGGUGAUGGAGUUUGAGUCAAGUUCUGGGAAAACUGGGCUUAAUGCAUAUGCAUAAAGUCAGGGCUAUAGAUGACUUUUUGGGUAUAUUGGGUAAUUCACACCCUGUUUUUGACAACAAUAAGGUUUUUGUAAAUUCAAUAGUUUUAGCAAAAAUGUUCACCCCCUACUUUUGAGCUUUAUUGGGUUUUUCAACCCCGUUUUUUUUAAACUCAAUUGGGUUAUUUAGGGAAUGAAAUAUAUUAUAAAAUAAAAAUCUACAAAGGUUACUAUACUAUUUAUACAAAUGGAAUUCAAAAAGGCAUGUGUACAUAACAACAAACAAUUACUGAAUUUCUUAUCAAAGUUCAUUCAUUUUUGCAUUGAAUAAGACCAAGUUCUUGAAAAUCGCUGCACAAUUGAUGAAGUUAUGGCUGUUCAAAGCGAUGCACCCCGUUUUCGGGUAAUUUUAAGUUGAAAACCUUGAAAAUGAAAGUAGAAAUCGGACAGGUCUACAUAUAAUUACAAUUAUGCCCCAAAGAUUGAUAACCGAUGGAAAGACUGCCUUCUUUUCUUUAUAGGACGGCAUAUAAAUUAUCCGGUACUCUUUUGUACGGAAAAUAACCAGUCUAAAAAAUACGCCCAGUGUUCGUAAGAAUUGCGUUUUGUGACGCAAGGUUUUUUACGGGAAUUAUGUUAUUAAAUGUGUAUUUGUGUUUUUGUAUGCUUUAUUUUUAAUUUAAUAACAUUUUUGGUUAUUUUAAUUGCGUAAUAACGCAAAUACGCUUGUUAUCUAUAGCCCUGAUAAAGUGUACCAGAUUAGACUGUGCACAGGCUAAUCAGGGACGACACUUUCUGUAUAUUCCGGAUUUUAGUUUAGGAGACAACCUUUCAAUAAAAAAAUCCAUGCAAGCUUGCUAAGCUGUGAAGACUGCACAGGCUAAUAUACGAUGACACUUUACUCACAUGCAUUUAGCCCCGUUUUCCCAGAGCAAGGCUUGUUUGGACAGCAGACAACUGCAAGGGUUCCAGAAACAUGUGCUCCAACUAGUUGCCAGAAUAUCCAUCAGUGAAAGAAAUGUUGAAGUUAUGUGUUAGAGAUGUGGAAAGUACUGAUAUUGUGGUGUUUUGUUUGAAGUAUCUAGCAAACUGUAUGGAAAUCAUGUAAAAUUGAGAUAAUUAAAGAUAAUGGCCAAUAUUAGUUGAACAAUUAACAAAUAUAUGCUAAGAUUAUGGUGAAUAUGUAUAAACAUACAUUUGCAAUGUAUAAUUGUACUUACAUUUACAAUGAAUAACUAUACUGGUAUGUCACUCAUCAAAAUCAGCAGUAAGACUAGGCUUGCUCAUUUUCUGAUAUUAUUACUUUGAACCUACAAAAUGUUAGACGUUGAUAUGAACCGAAGAUUCUGGGCAAACCUGAUGCAAAGUAUACACAUGCAUUGCUUGCAGACUCGUGCAGUGCUUAUUUUGAUCACUGAUUAAAUUGUAUACCUUCUCAAGUCUUUUGUUAAAAAAUUGUGCAACACUUUUUUAACAGUUUGUCAAACGAAAGUGACAGUAUAUCAAGUUAUAACUAUGUAGAGUUUAUAGCAUAACAUAGCUUUAUUCUGGCAUAAAAUAGCACAAUGCAUACUUAUAGCCAACAAUACAAUUAUAGCGUGAAAAGUGAUAGGUACAUGAACUAUUAUAAACAUUAAUUUGAGAAAGAUUAACAGAGAUGUAGGUGCCGUGCAAAUAGAAUUUGCAUGGUAAAUAUUAUAUUUAUUCACAACAAUAACAACAACAUUUAUUUGCAAGUAGGUCACUUUGAACUUCAAGUAGAGUUUAUGCGUUAUUAAGUACUGUGAAUAAUGAGAUGAAAGUGUAUGAAAUGUGCUUAACAUGAAUUUCUUUAAUUCAUAGGAAGUAUAAUUUGUCUGUAAAAAAUUGAUAAUAUAAUGAAUCACCUCAAAAAUAACAUUUAUUGUAAGUUUAUUGAAAUUGUGUGUGUAUUUUCUGUUUUUGUAAUGGGAGGACAUAAUCAAUGGAUAUUCUUUGUUAAGUUUUCAUGAAAACUUUCCUUUAAAUCUUUUUAGUAGAAUACAUGAAUAUUUGAAAUAAGUUUUUUAAGUGAAUUUACUCCUUUGAAUAACUUGAAAUUUUUGUUAAGUAUUUAUGUUGUUUUCGAUUUUUUGCAAAUCAGUAGAACGUUUAUGAUUCUUAUUUUAAAUAAGUAUAAUUGAUAGCUUAUGUAAAGUGAUUAUUUAAAUGGUUUAUUUAAUAUCAUUUUUCAGAAAUGUAGCCAUAUAAAAUAUCUGUCUUUUGUUAUAAUUUGAUGGUCAUUAAACACGCCGUCCACACUUUCUAAAUGUUUUAAAAUGUGAUAAUUAAGUAUAUCUUUAAUUUUGCCUUGAUGGUUUUAAUUAAAGUGUGUUUGGUACUUUGAAGUAACAAACUGUGAAGAAGUAAUGUUAAAUGGUGAUAAUAAAAGACACUUUACAAUC